AAGGAUAUUCGUUACAUUGUCGUUAAGUUGUUAUUAUAAUUUUUGAGAAGAAGCAGCAAUUGAAGAAGAAAAGUCAUACUUAGCAAAUAAAUAAAAUAAAGGCUACCAACAAAAAAGCCAAAGCGCAAUCUAAAAAAAAAUAUUUAAAAUCUUGAACUGUCAAAUAGAAAAGCGGAAAAUUAAAAUCAAACGGCGAAGUUAAAGUCCCCCAGAUUUCGAGAAAUUAUUUAUGUAUUUAACAUAUAUAAAAGAAAUUAUUUAAAAACAAAGGUAAAAACGUGUAUAACGAAGUGCGAAUUUAGUCACAACGCCAAAGUAUUUCAAAAUCAAAAAUUUUGAGAAAAUAAAUAAACAAAAAUAUUUAUAGACAAUUGCGUUAAAGGAUAUUUACGGAAAAUCAUUUAGUGUAAUUUCAACUAUUUGAAAUAAAAAUAAAACACAGUGAGUGGAAUUAAUAGAUGCUAAAAUACAAUAUUAUGUAUGAAAAAUAGAAAUAUCAGUUUUUUGAAGUGGCUGGAAGAAAGUGAAAAACUAGUUAAAGUGCUAAUACUUGAUUUUAUGGCGUAUACUUAUAAAUCGGUACCAGUGUUAGUGUGUUAUGUAAACGAUGAAUUAAAUAAAUUCUUUUUAAAGGUAGUAAGUAGGAUGAAAAACUUGUGGGACUUCUAAAAACUUGGAAAUUAAAUUUUGAAUAAAUAACCACUGAAACAAAAUUAUAAUUACUUGAUGUAAAAAUCUCCAGAAAAUUUGAAUGGGAAACUGAAAUUUUUGGUCUGUGAUAAGCGAAGGUCAAGUAAGACUUUUACAGCGAAAUUCAUUCAAAACUUUACUCAUACAUAUAAUACAAUCUAACAUUUUGAGCUUGAUAAAGCAGAAGCGAUUCUAAAGGCCCAGAAAACAUCCAAGUUCGGUUUCAUAUAAUCAUACGAAACUAAAAAUAAAAAAAACAAAGUCAAUGCGAUUUGCAUAUUAUUAUUUAUUUAAUUAAAUCAAAAAAUACGCUUCAACCAAUAAAAAAAUCAAAGUUACAAAAUUAACUGACAAAUUUAAAUCAAAAAUUAAAACGCGCUUAUGAUUGCAUAAGAAGGCAUUAACUGAGACGUACUCGCAUUCUAAAUCGACAAGCAAUUAAAAUUAAAACCCAAACACUCAACAGUGCAUUUAAAUCCGGGCCGCAACAGUUAAAGCCAUCAUAGCAGCCAACGCCACCGCCACCGCCACGAUCACGACCACCAACAUCACUAGCACAACCACCAACACCCCCAGCACAACCAACACAGACGACGUCCCAGUAAACAUGUUGGCGAUGCCGACCCUCAUGAUGCCAGCCACAGCCCAAAUGACGAUCAGUAGCCAACCCUUAUCGGUGGGCACGCCGCAUGCUAAGCCCUACGAAACCAAAUUGCUAACAAUUCAUCAGUCGCAUAUGCAGCAAACGCAUCAUCAGAAUAAUGCUGCUGUUGCUGUUAGCAAGCAACAACAACAACAGCAGGCCCAACAGCAAGCCGCUCAGCAAAUGUCAGCAAAUCAACAAGCGGUCGCACAGCAACAACAGCAGGCACAACAGCAGCAGCAGGCCGCCGCCGCCCAGGUAGCAGCACAUCAGCAACAGCAAGCUGCUGUUGUAGCUCAACAGCAACAACAACAGGCAGCAGCCGCUGCAGUUGCACAACAUCAUCAGCAGCAAGCCGCAGCAGCUGCUGCUGCCGCUGCAUGUGUGGCUCAGCAGCAGGCUUGUGUGCAACAGCAACAACAGCAAUAUCAGAUACAUUCGCAGCAACAAUCACCGCAGCAGGUGAUGAGCAGCAGCUCACCAAAGCAAGAACAAUUUCAUAUUUUCGUCGGCGACUUGAGCUCCGAAAUCGAGACACAGCAAUUACGGGAAGCCUUUACUCCAUUUGGUGAAAUUUCUGAUUGCCGUGUUGUACGUGAUCCACAAACAUUGAAAUCUAAGGGUUAUGGUUUUGUGUCAUUUGUCAAAAAAUCGGAAGCCGAAAGCGCCAUUACAGCUAUGAAUGGACAGUGGUUGGGUUCGCGUUCGAUUCGAACGAAUUGGGCCACACGAAAACCGCCGGCGAGUAAAGAAAACGUCAAACCAUUGACAUUCGACGAGGUCUACAUCCAAAGCAGCCCAUCAAACUGCACCGUUUAUGUGGGUGGUGUCAACAGCGCCUUGACUGCGCUUAGUGAGGAAAUCCUGCAGAAGACCUUCUCGCCAUAUGGUUCGAUACAGGAGAUACGGGUCUUUAAGGAUAAGGGAUACGCAUUUGUGCGUUUUUCGACCAAGGAAGCCGCCACACAUGCCAUUGUUGGCGUACAUAAUACGGAAAUCAAUGCACAGCCUGUUAAGUGUUCGUGGGGCAAGGAGAGCGGUGAUCCGAAUAAUGCACAGACAAUCGCCAGUCAGGCGCUUAAUCCAGCUGCCGCUGCAGCAGCCGGUUUCCCAUAUACUGUUGGUGCAGCAGCAGCUGCUGCAGCCGCCUAUGGGCAACAGCUGGCCGCCACCGGUUGCUGGUAUUCACCAACGCCAACGUAUUCCGCUUCGUCGACCACAGCGGCUGUAACACCGGCUGCAGCCGCCUCCGCUGCCGCGGUGCAGAAUCAAUUCUUGCAAGGCCUUCAGGGAUAUCACUUUGGACAGUAUGGUGGCUAUCAGCAAGGAUAUAUGAGCAUGGGCGUACAGAUACCAGCCUGGCAAGGUGUUGCCACACAACAGCAAAUCUCUCCCGCUCAACAAUUGGCGACGGGUGUGCCUGGUGGUGCCAUACCGCAACCUGCCGGCGUGGUUGCCUAUCCGAUUCAGCAAUUCCAAGUGAGCCCUCAGGUUUAUCCUUUACUUUUGCAGGCACAGUAAACCCACAUAUAAGAUAGCAUACAAUUCAUUAUAAAAUGAGAACGUAGUUUAAGUAAUAUUGUUAUAGUGAUUGUAAUAAUUAAUUUAACAAAUGAAACAAACAACAACUAAAAAUAAAGCAGAAAAAAUGUACUUAGUGGUAGCUUUGAAAAAAAAAAAAUAUAUGUAAAUACGAGCAGCAUAAAUGAAGCACAUGAAAAUAUUAGACAGUUUAGUGUACACAGCGAAAAGUAGUAAAUUAGAAGGAUUAAUAAAAACAAUGUUUUAAUGUAGUAAUUUAACAAAUACUCACUAUUUUGCUGCUGUAAUAAGCAAAGUAGCAUAAAUAACCGUACAUAUACAUAUACAUACAACCAUUGCAUGUAGAAAUGAAUGAAAAAAGAAAAUUCCUGGUGGGAAGUUUGACAACAAGAUAACGUUUAACAGGAACACGAAAGAGGAAAGUAAAAAUAUCGAAUAUUCUUGGGAAAAAAAUUAGUAUACUCGUAGUGUGUGUUAUAAAUAUUUGCACAUGAUAGAAAUACAAUGAGGAGCGAAAGAUAUUGCAAAUUGAAGAAAACAAUAAAAGGAAAAACAGAAGCACUAUUUAACGGUUAAAAGCAGCGGCAACAGGAGACGCAGGGAAGGUGAAAUUCUUAAAUAUUUCCCACACCAACACAUCGAAGAAGUCAGAGAGAGCUUAUGCACUAUAUUAUGUGUUUGCAGUAGGAAUAAUGCUAACAUAUUUGUAUUGUUGGCAUAAAUAUAUAUGUGUACUAUUAUUAACACUAAUAUAAUACGAAUGUA